CCUCGGGUGAACUGCGGGUCAGGGACCAAGACCAAGGCAAAAUGGAAGGAGAGGUGUUUCGGAACCUCAGUAUCCCCCCCAGGCCGGGGCUGGCGUUACGAAGCAGCUAGCAUACAGCAGUACCCAGGAGCCCCUAAAGGUAGGGCGGGCAGUCGCUGACGAGACAGCGUUCCGAGGCAGUUUGUCCCCUCUGGGCUGCUGUAGGCGAGGGAGGAGGUGACCACGUGAUCCAGGACUGCGCCAUGGCUGGCUCUCGGCAGCUGUCCCGCUUCUGGGAAUGGGGGAAGAAUAUCGUCUGCGUGGGGAGAAACUAUGCGGACCACGUCCGGGAGAUGGGCAGCACCGUACUCCGCGAGCCCGUUAUCUUCCUGAAGCCAUCCACCGCGUACGCGCCCGAAGGCACGCCGGUGCUUCUGCCCUCCUACUGCCGUGUCCUGCACCACGAGCUGGAGCUGGGCGUGCUUAUGGGUCGGCGCGCCCGCGCAGUUCCCGAGGCUGCCGCCAUGGACUAUGUGGCUGGGUACGCCCUAUGUCUGGACAUGACCGCCAGGGACGUGCAGGAUGAGUGCAAGAAAAAAGGACUGCCCUGGACCCUGGCCAAAAGCUUCACGUCGUCCUGCCCGGUCAGCGCCUUCGUACCCAAAGAGAAGAUCCCUGACCCUCACGCCCUGAGACUGUGGCUCAAGGUCAAUGGCGAACUCAGGCAGGAGGGCGAGACAUCCUCUAUGAUCUUUUCCAUCCCCUACAUCAUCAGCUAUGUUUCUAAAAUAAUAACCUUGGAAGAAGGAGACCUUAUCUUGACAGGGACACCAAAGGGAGUUGGGCCAGUUAAAGAAAACGAUGAUCUGGAGGCUGGCAUAGACGGGGUGGUCAGUAUGAAGUUUAAGGUGGAAAAGUCAGAAUAUUAAGUCAGUACAAAAUGCCCUAAUUUCAGUAUCAAGAGAGAAA